AUGCCGUAUGGGUAUGUCGUAGCAUCUAACAAAUGCUGCGAAGUGGCUAAAAACAAGAAAUAUAUAGAAUGUGCCCACUUCUCUGUAUCGUGCAAAUUAUGCCCCAGAAACACGUACUCGAUAACAAGAUCAGUACUUCAUAACAACAUCACAAAUCAAAUCCAGUGCCACGAUUGUGUUAAUGGUGGACAAUGUCUUGAGGGAAUAUUGACAGCCAAGCCUAACUUUUGGGGUUACAAAAUGAACCAAUCAGUUCGUUUUCUUCAAUGCCCACGUGAUUAUUGUUGUGAAGAGAAUGAUUGCGAAUCAUAUAACAGUUGUCAUGGUAACAGAACUGGAACAAUUUGUGGAGAAUGCCCCCAACGCAUGUCGGAAUCGUUAUUCUCAACGGAGUGCUUACCAAAUCAUAAAUGUGGCAGUGAUGUAGUUUGGCCUCUGGCGUUUUGUUUCUGCACAGCGUACCUAGUAUUCUUUUUGUAUCAUGAAGAAAUAGUAAAGUUCAUCAAGAAACUUGCAUUUCCUUCACAGCGAAGGCAGGAAAAUCGAGAUCCCAGUGAACCUACCCAAAACAGUUCUUCUAAAAACAGCGGAAUGCUAAAAAUAUUAUUUUAUUACUAUCAAGUCGUUCGUCUGUUGAAGAAUUCUAUUGGUUGGCAUAAGAAUAGAACAUUCAAUGACAGAAUAGAAAAUAUGUUCAGUAAAUGGUUUAAUUUCAUUGUUUUGGGCAUUUCUUCUUUCGAAUGUCCUUUUACUGACCUUCAUCCUGUUGACAAACAAGUGAUUCUGCACUCUGUAGGCUAUAUAUUGUUGGGUUUCCUUGGUGAUCUUUACAUCUUAACCGGAUCCAUCUUUUUGCUUAAACAUUCAAGAAGAUCUCAAAGACAGGCAAUAGAACGAGAUAUUAGUGCAACCACAAUGAACCAAACACCAAGAGCUCCUACAUCGUGUUUUACUUCUCGUAUUGCCUCAGCUUUUACUUAUAUAUCUCUAUUAAUGUAUGCUUCUUCAGCCCAACUCUGUCUUUCCCUCCUUCACUGUGUACCAGUUGGUGACAACCAAGUUUUUGUUCCUUAA